UUGGUUGCUCAUCAUCAGACAGCUUCAAAGAUGGCUCUUGCUAGUGUGUUGAACAGUGAUUGUGCGGAUUUUUCAUUUGAUAAUAGUCUACCUUCUGGUUUUGGUUGUGGACCCGGACUGAGCGGUCUGGGGUUUGAGGCUACGCCGAGCGAUAGUCUCAAUUUCACCGUGAGAAACCCGCUGUGUGCCGUUGGAGAUGACGGCGUCGAGAGGAAAAUAGAGUUCCUGCACGGAACCACCACAUUAGCAUUCAAAUUCCAGCAUGGUGUUAUUGUUGCCGUGGACUCCCGGGCCACAGCGGGCUCCUACAUCGCCUCACAGACGGUGAAGAAGGUGAUUGAGAUCAACCCCUACCUGCUGGGCACCAUGGCUGGAGGAGCUGCAGACUGUAGCUUCUGGGAGCGCCUGCUGGCCCGCCAGUGCCGCAUCUACGAGCUUCGCAACAAGGAGCGCAUCUCUGUGGCAGCGGCCUCCAAACUGCUCGCUAACAUGGUGUACCAGUACAAGGGCAUGGGGCUCAGCAUGGGAACCAUGGUGUGCGGAUGGGACAAGAGAGGCCCAGGGCUGUACUAUGUCGACUCAGAGGGGAACCGGGUGUGCGGCGACCUGUUCGCCGUGGGCUCAGGCUCCAUGUACGCUUACGGUGUGAUGGACAGCGGACUGCGGCAAGACUUGACGGUCGAGGAAGCCUGUGAGCUAGGCCGCCGCGCCAUCUACCAGGCCACAUACCGCGACGCCUACAGUGGAGGGCAGGUCAACCUGUACCAUGUCCACAGCGAGGGCUGGACCAGGGUCUCCCAGGAAGAUGUGCUCAUGCUGCACCAACAGUACAAGGAGAAGGCAUAGUCAUUAAAAUCAAUAGCACAGUAGGGUGAAGAAAGGGGGGUUGUUUGGAGAAUAGUUUAUUCCAGUAUCCAAUGUUUAAGAUGUUGUGAAAUAUCAGUAGGGUUGACACACUAAUAAUAUUAAAAACAAAACGGACUCAUUAACUGAUUGAUCUCCACUUGUAUCACUUCUCUGACCCAUAUUUGACUUGUUACUAGCAUAUAGCUGUAUGUUGUACAUUUUUAACAAUGCCAACGAGCUCCACUCAACCUGCACAGUGUCUGAAUUGAGGGGCUGCAGAGAGGGGGGGGCCCGAGCCCGAUGACUCAAACACAUUUUAUUACAGUGUGGGAGUAGUGUGGUGCUUGCCCUACAUACAUUUCAUUUGGAUUGUACUCUGGGAAACUACAUCUUUCUCAAUAAAUCUAUGAUCUUUUUUUCAA